GUAAGGCCACUCGUAAUCACUGAUGGCUUGGUUUUACCCUCUGUAAAGAACUCAGAAUGAGAAAUAUGAAGAUUCCAGAACUGCUGUUGUUUGCAAUGGCAGCAUUGCACUGUGGGAUAACAGAAGAAAUAGACUUUAUUAUGGGUAACUGUAAUGAUGUCAUCAGACUUCCUUGUACAGCUACUGACCAAACAAAAACCUACCGUUACGUCAUGUGGUAUAAAAAUGAUAAUGUUCCUAUCAUCAAGAGGAAAAAAGAUGAAUAUGCAUACUAUAACUUGACCAACAUUUCUCUGGAAGAUAAAGAGACCCUGGUGUUAAAAAAUACGCAACCUUCAGACUCUGGAGAAUAUAAAUGCUUCCUGGCUGCAGAGGUUGGAGGUCAAAAUGAUGAGUCUAUAGUUGGAUUGAAUAUCUCAGAAUGUUUGGAUGUGAGCACAGUUUAUCCCAUCACCACCAUGAUCCCUGCUGAAUCCUGUCCUGCUGUAGAAGAAUUAACUGUUCCCUGGGCUGUGAUUGGCUUUUCUCUUAUUAGCAUCACCAAAAUUAUUCUUUGCAUUGUAACCGUGGGGGUGUGUGAUCGAGUCAUAUUUAGAACAGUAAGAAGAAAACAGGAAGGAAGGGGAAGCAAGACUGGAAGGUCAAGCUGGAAAGACUGAGAUUCACAAAAAGCUGAUAGGAUCAUUUUAGUUUUACGCAUCCAUUAGCUAACUAAAACAGUCCAAGCCUGUAAACAUUUACAAGGUUAUUCACAUCAUUAGGUUGUGUUGAUAGGAUCCAUUUUAUUUCUGUGUGGUUUGGCUAUUCUUAAUUACUUUUUUAUGGAUGGUUUAUUCCUAGGGGAAGAAGGACAUCUAUAAUGGGAGCUGUUUUAUAGCUGUUGAGGGAGACAAGAGUCAGGGAGGGCUGCAAUUCAUUAGGCCUGUGCUCUGCCACAGCUGCACACUCUUGCCUUUUGUUUGUUUUUACAUUUCCCCCCAUUUUUUAUAAUUGUAUAUCCUCUGUAAAUAAUUUUUACUGUCUGCAACAAAUAUAUGUACUUUAUGAAUCUUAAGGUUUAUUACUAGGGCUGCCACUCGAUGAAAAUUUUAAUUUAUCUAAUUAAUUACAUAAUGUGGUGAUUAAUUAAUUAUUAUUAUUUUAAUACAUUUUACUGUGAAAAUACCCUUAAAAGAUAAUUUAUAGCUAUUGUGUUAAAUUGACAAAAAGUAGCUUUAGAAAUAAAUAUAUUAUUUGAUUAAAAAAAGAAAGAAAGAAAGAAAGAAAGAAAGAAAGAAAGUAAAAGAAAAUACACGUUUAGGCUACAACAGCCUAACAUAAACUAUAAUACAAAAUGAUCUGAGAAAAAUCAAGUAUUUUUUGUUCGAUUUGUUCAUAUGGUUCAAAGUUCUGCUGCAUGUGGCAUUAUAGAUACAGUAAUAUUUUCGCUGCCAAAAUUGAGCAAAAACAGACAAUAAUUGACCUUGAAACCAGUCAUAAGUAGCACAGAUAUAUUGUAUGGGUCAAAAUUAUAGAUUUUUCUUUUAUGGCAAAAAUCAUUAGGAUAUUAAGUAAAGAUCAUGUUCAUGUAAAGAUCUUGAAGGUAUUUGGUAAAUCUCCAUAUCGAAACAUAAUUUUUGAUUAGUAAUAUGCAUAGCUAAAGACUUAAUUUAGACUUAAUAAAACAUAGUACAUUUUUUUUUGCACCAUCAGAUUCCAGAUUUUCAUAAGUUGUAUCUCUUCCAAAUAUAGUCCUAUCCUA